AUGAUUCGAGCUGUAAAUAAAUUUAAGGCAGAUUUUGGUGGACAAGUUGUUGCUUUGGAGAGGGUGCAACCUUCAUCAGAUCAUGUUCCUCAUAGGUAUUUGUUGGCAGAGGCAGGAGACACUUUAUUUGCUUCCUUUAUAGGAACAAAGCAGUACAAGGAUGUAAUUGCUGAUGCUAAUAUACUUCAAGGUGCCAUCUUUCAUGAUGAUGCUGUUGAGGAAUCUGACAAGAAUGCAUCAACUGAAUCUGACAAUGAUGAAAACCAAAAUGGAAAAGACUACAUGUGGAAUCCUCUACAGCCGAGGUCUAAUAAACCAAAGAAGAAAUACAAACCUGCAGCUCAUAGGGGUUUCAUGGCUCGUGCUAAAGGAAUACCUGCUUUAGAAUUAUACAGGCUUGCUCAAAAGAAGAAACGCAAGCUUGUUCUAUGUGGCCAUUCACUUGGUGGAGCAGUAGCUGUAUUAGCUACUCUUGCCAUUUUGAGAGUAAUUGCUACUUCAUCUUCAUCAAAGGAAAAUGAAAAUGUUUCUAUCAAAUGUAUUACAUUUUCUCAACCUCCUGUUGGAAAUGCUGCUUUGAAGGAUUAUGUUAAUAGAAAAGGUUGGCAGCAUUAUUUUAAGAGUUACUGCAUUCCGGAAGAUUUGGUUCCCCGUAUUUUAUCUCCUGCUUAUUUUCACCAUUAUAAUGCUCAAAUUCAGCCAGGGCCUUCUGAAAAUGAAACUGACAGCUCAUUAUUGAGAAAGCAUGAGCAAGGGGUGGGGAAGCCAAAAGAGAAGGAUGCAGAGCAAUUGGUUUUGGGGGUUGGGCCUGUGCAGAGAUCAUUCUGGAGACUCUCAAGGCUAGUUCCUUUGGAAGGUCUCCGGAGACAAUUUAUUACACGCAGGGAAAGACGGAUCAGUUCUGUUGUUAAAAAUUCAUUGCCUGAUUCUCUUGCUAAUACUUUGAUUGAGGAGGAAGUAGUUGCACCGCAGUCGCUUGAAAUACAAGAAGGGUCUGAUGGCAUAUCACUCAAGCCUUUACCUGAAGCUGAUAAACAUUCAUUAGAGCUUCCAACUAAUGGGAAAACAGAUACAAAGAACAAUUUAAUGACUGGAGAUGAGAAAAAGUGGCGCAGAGUGCCUUAUUUGCCUUCCUAUGUGCCAUUUGGACAGCUUUAUUUAUUGGGAAAUUCCUCUGUAGAGUCUCUAUCAGGUGCAGAGUACUCAAAGUUGACAUCGGUCAGAUCUGUGAUUGCUGAAUUGAGGGAAAGAUUUCAAUCACAUUCAAUGAAAUCAUAUCGAUCUCGAUUUCAGCGAAUCUAUGACCUUUAUAUGAGUGAUGAUUCCUCUUCUUUCUCUGGGAUUGAUCAGUUUCCUCAUCUGAAGCAAUGGCUCGGGUUUGCAGCUGCUGGCACUGUGGAGCUUGGUCACAUAGUUGAGUCUCCUGUUAUUCGAACUGCAACCUCAAUUGUUCCUUUGGGAUGGAAUGAUGGACUAGGAGGGAAAAAUGGAGAACCUCUGAAAGUUGAUAUUACUGGUUUUGGGUUGCAUUUAUGUACACUCGUUCAUGCUCAAGUGAAUGGUAACUGGUGUUCUACUACAGUUGAAAUGUUUCCUUCUCCACCAAACUAUUCUUCAAAUCAAGGAAUCCAGCCAGAGUUACAGAGGUUGAGAAUAUUAGUUGGUCCUCCGCUAAGAAGUCCACCAAAGCAUCAAACUGUUUUAGACUCAUUGAUGCCUGCUUUUACUUCUGUUGACUCUGAGACUGCAAGUAGUUCAGCACCUGUUGACGAGGAUAAAUUCAUCCGUCCAGAAAGUUUAAAUAACUUUGUAAUAUUUUGCACCAGUGAUUUUACAACUGUUUCCAAAGAAGUUCAUGUCAGAACCCGCAGAGUACGAUUAGUUGGGCUGGAGGGAGCUGGUAAAACUACACUUUUAAAGGCUAUAUUGAAUAAAUGUAAACAAAAUACUGUCGCCAAUGAGGAUGCAGUUUCAGAGGUUGUGCGAGAAGUUAUUGCUGAUGGUUUAUGCUAUUGUGACUCCGAUGGAAUAAAUAUGCAGGAACUAAAUGUAGAAACUUCUCGCUUCAGGGAUGAACUAUGGCUUGGAAUACGAGAUAUAAGUCAGAAGACAGAUUUGAUUGUUUUUGUUCAUAACUUAUCUCAUAGCAUACCUCGAUGUAGUAAUUCAAAUGAUAAUCAACAGAGGCCAGUCCUGUCACUUUUCUUGGAUGAAGCUAAAUCUCUUGGAAUUCCUUGGGUUCUUGCAAUCACAAAUAAAUUUGCAGUUAGUGCACACCAUCAAAAGGCAGCAAUUGAUGCUGCUUUGCAAGCAUACCGAGCAUCACCUAGCUCAGCUGAAGUUGUAAAUUCUUGUGCAUAUGUUAUGCCCGGAUUUAUUGGAGCUUCUAUUUCUUUGGAUGCAUCUAAUACAAGUUCUUCUAGAAGGAUGGGUGCUGAAAAGCUUAUAUUUGCUCCUUUUAACUUCAUUAGGAAGCCUUUCCUUAAAAGGGAGAUUGUGUUUCCAGUAGAAGGAGUAAAUUCUCUGUGUCAGCAAAUUCACCAUAUACUCCGAAGUCGUGAGGAGUCUUCUUUUCAGGAAUUUGCAAGAGAUAGGCUUAUGAUGGAGUUGGCACGAGAAGAAGCAAUGUCAAUUGAAGCAAGUAGAGAUGCCCGAGCUAAGGCAAAUUCAUUGAAUUCUGCUGCCGUGGGGGCAUCUGUUGGUGCUGGUCUUGGUCUUGUCCUAGCAAUUGUAAUGGGUGCAGCAUCUGCCCUGAGGAAGCCCUAA